AUUUUUUUUUUUUCCUUUCAGAACAUAGCAACUAUAUUGAUAAAUACUUUUUAAGUCAAAAUUUUUAGUUAUUAUUAUGGAUAAAGAUGAAAAUAACUAUUGGCACUUAAGGCCCGCAUACGACAAGGCUCCAUUCCACGUUCGGAACGAUCAAGAGCAAAUAACGGCCAGAAACCUACUCCAGCUGUACAUAAAUACAUUCAUUGGCGCCAACUUUGCAGAGGCCUGUGUCUAUCCGUUGGACGUGAGCAAGACACGACAGCAGAUCCAUGGCGAGGAGGCAAGGAAGACGGGCAGCAAGCCCCGCAAUAUGUUUUUCACCUUACGUGGCAUUGCCAUGGAGGAGGGACCGAAGAGCCUCUAUGCCGGCUUCUCGGCGAUGGUCUUUCGCAAUUUCAUUUUCAAUUCGUUGCGUGUGAUGCUCUACGAUAUAUUUCGGCGUCGAUUCCUCUAUACGGAUGCUGAGCAUCGGGACAGUAUACGAACACAUCAUGCAUUCAUGUGUGGCUGUGCUGCCGGCUGCAUUGCUCAGGGCUUGGCCAAUCCCUUCGAUAUUGUCAAGGUGCGCAUGCAAAUGAACGGCAGGCGUCGCACAAUGGGCCUGGAGCCGCGCAACAAUAGCUGCUUUAAGGAGAUGUUGUCCAUCUAUGGGAAGUCGGGCGUAUUGGGCAUGUGGCAUGGCGUGGGACCCAGUUGUGUGCGCGCCUGCCUGAUGACCGCUGGCGAUGUAGGUGCCUAUGAUCUUUGCAAGCGUAACUUGAAGAAUCAUUUCAAUAUGGAAGAGGGCAUUCCACUGCGCUUCGUCUCCUCAAUGGUAGCUGGCUUUGUGGCAAGUGUGCUGAGCAAUCCCGCUGAUGUGAUUAAGUCACGCGUCAUGAAUCAGCCGACGGAUGAGCGUGGUCAUGGCCUAUACUACAAGGGCUCUAUCGAUUGCCUCGUCAAACUAGUGCGCGAGGAGGGUUUCCUUAAUCUUUACAAGGGCCUCAUACCAUGCUGGUUAAGAUUGGGCCCGUGGUCGGUGCUCUUUUGGCUUUCUGUGGAGCAGUUGCGUGUGUGGGAAGGACAAACUGGCUUUUAAACUUGCUUAUAAUUUUUAAUGGUGGAUAUAGGAAGAGUGAUUUAUGUUUAUUGGUCGUCAUCAAACGAUGAAACAAUGUUUGCACUUCACUUUUCUCUGGAAAAUUCACUCUGCUUUUGUCAUGAGUAGAACCUUAUUUUCCGAACUUAUUUGCACUGCUCUGCAUAAGACAUUAAUUGGGUGGAAGGUGGCUAAUUAAUACUUAAAGCUAAAAAAAAACUUGUCGUUUCAUGUAGCCUGUCGAAUACCCAAACAUUUUGUUGGCCAAAAUAAAUUUCGUUAUGAUUAAA